CACCCACCAUCACAUGGAGUAAUGUUUGUGACUUUGUGUACAUCAAUAAAGAAAACAUUUUUUUCCUCUGCACUCUCAAAUUUAAAUGUCAUAGGGAUUUCUUGUUUUUUUGAACCGGAAAUGGCAGCCGCCGACGACGAAGAGGCUUCAAUGUUCCUAACUGUUCCGGCAACAACCGGGGGGGUUAGACACAAGUGCCCGGCAUGCUUCAAACAGUACAAGAAAAAGGAGCAUCUCGUUGAACACAUCAAAAUUUCUUGCCAUUCUGUUCACGAUCCCAAGUGUGGGGUGUGCCAAAAGCACUGCAAAUCGUUCGAAUCACUCAGGGAACACAUCAUAGGCCCCUUGUCCAAGGUUAUCUGCUCAAGAAUCUUUGCAGAAAGAGGUUGUUCUCUGUGCUUGAGGCUAUUUGACUGUUCUGAAUCCUUAAGCCAGCACACAGAUAUAUGUUGCCUUCCAGCUCCUGCACCUAUUGGAUGUGUUCCUUCUAUAAAAAUUGAAGUUGACGAUUCAUCUUUAAGUGACACGAAUGAAUAUGCAAAUGGAAGGGAAGCAGUUGCCAUAGAUUGCGCAAUUUUAGGUGGGGGAAGCGAUGGAUCACUUGAUCUUUGUGCUAGGGUAUGCCUAGUUGAUGAAGAUGAGAAGAUAAUCUUCCACAGCUAUGUUUUGCCUCACAUUUCUAUAACAGAUUAUAGGUAUGAAAUCACGGGACUUACAGAAGAACACAUGAGAGAAGCAACGCCAAUUGUGGAAGUAGGGGAGAAGAUUUUGGAGAUUCUUCAAAAUGGAGAGGCAAUUUGGAAAGUGAGAAUGGAUGGUGGAAGAGCUAAGGUUCUUGUUGGGCAUAACCUCACUCGUUUCUUGGAUUGUCUGAGAAUCUAUUAUCCCGACCAUUUGCUAAGAGAUACUGCAAAGUACCAACCUUUGGCAAAGACAAAUUUUGUCAGCCACACUUUCAAGUAUCUCGCCAAGACUUAUCUAGGGUACGCCAUCCACGAAGGAGUGCACGAUGCAUACCAAGACUGUGUCACUGCGAUGAGGCUGUAUAAGAGAAUGAGGUUCCAAGAUCACGGUUUGGGUCAAAAUGAAGAAGGCCCACUGGCCUCCCAAGACUCCCCCACGGGCUUCGGUUUGUACAGCUUGAUGGAACUUGAGCACAUGACACCCGACGAGCUUCUUGAGAUUUCUAAACCAAACUACCAAUGCUGGUGCUUGGAUUCAAGAAGAGCUUCAUCUCCAUGAAAUUCUUUAGCGUACGGGCAUUGCAGUAGCGUAUAUAUAUCUUGUUGAACAAUGUUAGACUGUGAGUUUUGGUUUGGUAACUGAUUGUAGCUAUGCAGAAAGAUUCAGUCCCUCCCAUUUUGGACCAUUCUUCUUUAACUUGAUCCAGAAGAUGAUGCAGUCCUCUUAAUUGAAAGGUUGAAGAGUCAUUAUUAUCUUUAUUUUCAUACUGAUUUGUUGAAGGUGUGGCUAAAUAAGGAGUCAUCUAGUGA